AUGACCACCACCGCAUCCAAUUUCGGCCCUCUAACCACAAUCUUCACUCCACCAUCAUGGUGUUCCACCGAGCGAUGGAUCGCGCACAACUCAUCUAAAGGCGGCACCCUCCUACGCUGGGGCGCAACAUGCGACUCGGGGACCAUUGGCUUUGCAUCCGAGUGCUACCCAUCCGGCUGGACAGGCUCCAACGCCAGCGCCCUGAGCUACAAGGGUUUCUCGCCGGGCCUCGCGUGUCCGAGUGGAUUCACCGGCGCUGCUUCUGCAAGUCACAUCGAGCAGUCCAACCAUUUCGUUUUGUCGGAGUAUAUUACCGAUUUGGCGCAGCAUGAUCUUGCUACUGCAUGUUGUCCGAUAAACUACGACUACAACGGCCACUUCUGCGUCAGCCACACCCUAUCCUUCGCCUCAGCCCACCCCUUCAUCUCAACCUCAGACUCAAAAUGCAUCCAAACAACCAGCUUCAAAUACUUCCAAUCAAUCGGCACAUCAGCCUCACAAGGCCAAGCAACUUUCCAAGCCUACCCGGUCAUAAUCGUGCAAGAUUCCCGCUCCUCGACAUCGCUUCCGCAAGCAACGGACUCAGCUGGCAGCGCAUCCGCCUCCUCGAGCACUGCACUAUCCACCGGCGCGAAAAUCGCUAUUGGUGUCUGUAUUCCUGUGGGUAUUAUUAUUCUUGCGGCGCUGGUUUUCAUUUGGUGGCAUCGGCGGAGGGUGAGGGCAAGGUCGGCCGAGACGGUUGCAGGGCGGAAUCUGGACGCGGAGACGAAGGAUGGUCAUGGGAAUGGUCAUGAUGUGUAUGCUGGGAAGCCGGAAUUGGAUGGUAGUGCGCGGGGUACGGUGCCGCCGGCGGAAUUACCUGCGUUGCAGAGUAAUGUUUUGACUGAGAUGCCGAGUCAGAAGAGUCCGGAUACGCCGCAGGCUGAGCUUCCGGGGGAUUUUGGGGUUGUGCAGGGGGACGGUGAGCAUGGUUCUGGUAAAAGUCACAGCGGGAUUAAACGCGGGGAUGGGGAUGGGGAUGGGAUGCACAGUCCGGUUCAGGAUAGGUAG